ACCAGCAGUGCCUCCAUCAAUUGAUUAUUGGAGUUGCCUACAUACUUUGGAAAUGAUUGGUUGUGGAAACGUUACAGAAUUUCCAUGUGUUCCGUAUACCGUCUCUAAGUUAUAUCUGGAUUUAUCAGGAAUUAAAGAAAUUCCUCCAUGGAUCUCGGAUCUCUAUGGACUGAAAGAGUUGUCGAUGGCAUUUUGCUCGGACCUACGAGAGAUCUCGCCAAAAAUUUGUGAGCUAGAACAACUCGAGUCACUUAAUUUUAAAGGCUGCUACAAUGUAAGGGAAUUCCCUGCAGAAAUUUUCCAAAGCUUUUGUCAAUGGCAUGCGUUGGAGCUGACAUUGAUCAACAUUGGGGAGAACAGUUUGCCAAUGUAUACAGCUGAGACGACUUACGAUUUCCCCCUGAAUUUGGAUCUUGCAGGAAAUGAUUUUGAGAGUAUCCCAGAUUCGGUCGUACGGCAGGCCUGUGUUGUUCUCCCCCCGGGAGAUGAGCUAGAUGAUGUGCCUUUCCGCCUUUUCCAGAUAUCUUGCUAUGUGAGAGGCAGACAUUCGACCACUGUAUAUAAAUGGCCAGAGAUAUAUGUGAAUGAAUCAGAUGAAACAGAUGAUCGGCUUCUGGAGAAUCAUCUGUUUAUACUCAACUCUUAUUUCACGCUUGAGGAAGACAACAUCCCCGAAAGUGAGAUGCUUUUUGAUUUCAAAUGCUUGGGGAUAAAAGUAUAUCCGGACACCAUAUCCUCUAAUAUAUUUGGAUGUGGUGUACAACUCUUGGAGCCUUGUUCCUGCGAAUAUGACAGUGUAGCUCACCCUGAGUUAUCUACUCUACCGCUUGAGGAGGAGGAUGAAGGCAACAACAACAGCAUGGCAGUGACAAGGAGAAGCAAUAAACGAGAGCGCUCAAGUGUUGCAGAGGGACUAGAGAGGACAAGCAAGAAUCUGAGAAUUAGCAAUUGAGAAAGAGACCAACAUUGAUAUACUCUGUUUAUGUGUAUAUCUCUUUAACAUUGAUGUUAUAUAUGUGUGACUCUAAUUUGGUUCAUUAACAGCUUGAAGGAAGUACUAGAUGUGCUGAUGGUUGUUGAAUGCGGUUGUGAGGGAAAGUGACAAAACUUGUUAUCAGAAGAAAGAAGUCUUGUGUCC